AUGAACUUUGGGAACAGUGACACGAAUGCUAGGGGUGAUGGAGUAGGACCUUCCAGUCUAGGGGGCAGAGAUUAUGACGCAGUAUUGCGCAGUGUAAUGACUAAGAUGGCUAGGAAUUCAGGGGAGCGGAGCUACACGAUCCAGCAUUUUACGUGUAUGAUACCCCCAUCCUUUGUUGGAGGAGCAGACACGACAGUGGUUGAGAAUUGGGUUCAGGACGUUGAGGACAAGCUAGUAGUGCUCUCGUGUACUAAUGAACAAAAAGUGUCAUUUGCAACAUCCAAGCUUACCGGGGAAGCAAAACGCUGGUGGAGAUCAACGAGCGCGAAGGCAGCAGAGUUCCUACACCUGACUCAGGGGCAGAUGACAGUGCAGCAGUGCGCAACCCAAUUUAUUGAGCUGUCACGGUUUGCCUCACAUUUGGCACCAGAUGAGGGGAAGAAGGCAAGAAAGUGCGAGGAGGGCCUCAGACAGAAUGUAUUCGAUCAUGUCAUAGAUUUUCGGGCCCAAACAUUUGUUAAGGAUGUAGACAGAGCUUCCGUGAUCGAGAGUGGCAUGUAG